AUGCAAAUCCGUGAAAACGUUGACCAAUUUUGUGAAACAUUUUUCGAUGAGCUCGAUAAGACCUACAAGAAUUAUCUUAGAAAGAGAAAACGCCUUAUUAAAAUCCAUUACAAAAACGAAUUGAACAUUAGAUCAGAAUAUUCAGCGAAAUUUGCUAACAUUCAGACAAUACAAAUAGUUCAAUACCAACAACUCGAAGAUGACAUGUUUAAUCAGUAUACUCGCAUCGCAUUAGCUCCACCUGAGCAAUCUUACUACAUGGCGAUGGAUAAAUCGAAGAGACUUGCUAAGUCAGGUAAUUUUGAUGAAGCAAACUACAUCCGCGAUAAAGCAGAAGAAGAUCAUAAAGCAUACAAAGACAAAAGAGAGCAGAGCCUUGCUGUACAAGUCCAAAAUAAGACUAGCAAGUUAUUUGAAACACAAUCCAAGGAAAUUAGCGCUCUCAACCGAACAAUGAAGAAAACUUUAGUUGCAUUCCAGAAACAAGCUGAUGAAGAACUCGCAGCUCUUGAUAAAUCAAUUAAGAUCGAACUUGACAAGAAAUUUUCCCAAUACGCUGACGUUCUUAACAAGAAAUACGCUUUAUUUAAUAAUCCGGACUUUCAACCAUCAAAAUACUUCGAACAGAACUACACAUACUACCUUGCCGAUAAAGGCCUCGUAGAAGCUCCUGUUCAGAAGAUUCGUGAAGAAAAAGCCAGAAAAUUAAGAGUUGAAAGAAUGAAGCAGAAGAAGGCACAAUUAGCAGCUGCGCAAUCCAAGAAACAAGAAGAAGAGGAAGAUAAGGUCGAACAAGUCCCACAGACUGAUUCUGCUCAUAAUGCGCAGAUUAUUCAGCAAAUCGUCGACAACCACGACAAAGCGAUGGAAGAAGCAAAGCCAGAUGAAGAGGAGAAGAAGGCAAAUGAGCAGAAGAUGGAGGAAGAGCUAAAACGCGCUGAAGAAGAUGAUGAUGAUGAAGAAGAAGAGGAAGAAUUCGAAUACGAAGAGGAAGAACCUGAUGAUUACUACGAUGAAGAGCCUGAGAAUGAGGAAGAAGAAGAGAAACCAGUAACUACACCUCACAAACCAGAUCCAACAAAGAGAGUUAAAUUUAAUCUAUCUGGAACACCCCUCGAGAAUAAAUAA